AUGGAAGGAUUGUGCAUGGUGUUGCGAAGAAUGGCGUACCCUUGCCGCUACAGCGACCUUAUUCCCCGGUUUGGUAGGCCAGUUCCCGUCUUAAGCAUGAUCUGUAACCGCGUAAUUGAUUAUAUUUACGAUUCGCACGUACAUCGCCUCACUUCAUGGAAUCCCCAGCUGUUGGACCCUGCCUCUCUUCAGAUGUAUUGUGAUGCAAUUUCUAGGAAUGGUUCUCCUCUCGACAACUGCUUCGGGUUCAUUGAUGGCACGGCCAGACCAGUAUGCCGCCCUGGUGAGCAGCAGAGAGUGCUCUACAAUGGCCACAAGAGGGUGCACGCCCUAAAAUUUCAAUCGGUUGUCUUACCAUCGGGAAUGAUAGCCCAUAUGUAUGGCCCAGUAGGUAAGUUAAAUGAUAAAUUACAAACAGUUAAUAAACAACAAAAUAGUGCAUAGGUUCAGAUGUACGGUGCUACGAGGAGAGCAAUUCUUAAGGCUCGAGAUCAGAGAAAAUCAAGUUUGAAAUUGAUUCAAUACUUGCACUGCAAUAUGAUUGACUAAUUUGAAAAAAAAGCACCCAUCUCUUUAUUUUGUUCCUUUCUGUUGUUUCUACCGCAGAAGGUAGAAAGCAUGACGCGGGGAUGUUAGCAGACUCUGGUCUACUUGCAGACCUACAAAGGAAUACUUUCUCCUUAACUGGCCAGCCUCUUUGUCUGUAUGGCGACCCGGCUUACCCAUUAAGGAUACAUCUGCAGUGCCCUUUUAGAAAUGCAGUACUAACACCUCAAAUGCAGGAGUUUAAUGCUGCCAUGAGCGCUCUACGUAUAUCUGUUGAAUGGCUAAGUUUCUUGAUUUCAAAAAUAAUUUAA